GAUGGUUUCCAAUUAUAAAAGAAAAGCCAAUAGAGGGGCAUGGAAUGAGAAGAACAUGGAGCGAGCGUUGCAGGCUGUAACAGAAAAGCGCAUGGGUUGGUUAAAGGCUAGCAGGCAUUUCCAAGUGCACACAUCGUCUCCAACCGCUCGAUGUGUGCUUUUUUGGACCACUAAGUGCAUGGAGCACGCGCAGCAGAAGAAAUAUCUCAAGUACCAAAAGAGACAGACACUCCUCUCCACCAUCUUUAUUCCAACAGUUAGCUGUGUAUCUAUCGGCAGGAUUAUCCUAUGGAGCCAUCAGUGAUGCAUUCAAAAUUGGAACCUCAAAGGUUCACUACAUUAUUGCAGAAGUUUGCACAGCAAUUUGGGAUAAGUUAGCAUCGAUACACAUGCCGGAACCUACAACUAAUUUGCUUCUGCGAUCAUCUACUCUUUACAUGCAAAAGUGGAAUUUCCCCAACUGCGAGGGGGCUAUAGACGGGAAGCAUAUUCCUGUGAAAUGCCCUGCUAAUUGAGGAAGUAUAUACUAUAAUUAUAAAGGGUACUAUUCAAUCGUUCUGCAAGCACUUGCUGAUGCACAAUACAAAUUUAUUACGAUAGAAGUUGGUGCAUAUGGUAAACAAUCUGACGGUGGAAUAUUUUCCGAAAGUACGCUUUAUCGCUGCUUAAAAAAUGGUACUUUUAGUAUGCCAGCAGACACAGAAUUGCCACAAACAGACAUAAAUUGUCCCUUUGUGGUUAUCGGAGAUGAAGCUUACCCUUUGACUCCUUGGCUUAUGAGACCUUUCCCGAGGAGGGAAUUGGACGACUUGAAACGAACAUUCAAUGAACGCUUGUCAAGAGCUAGAAGAGUUGUGGAAAGUUCGUUUGGAAUUUUGGCGUCUAAAUGGAGGUUACUCCAAAAACCAAUUGAAACAACCCUUGAUUUAGCUGACAAAAUUGUAAAGUGUAUGUGCGUGUUGCAUAACAUUGUUAUCGACAAGGACUGAAUGGACGAAUUGAUACUCCACGAGAUAGACCAACAAUCGUCCAAUUUCGGUGAAACUGAAGAACAACUGUCUCCAACUAUAAACACA